UCUCUACUAGACCGGUACAGAGUAAAUUAACAAAAUGCUAGUAAACUUAACAUUGUUGUUUUAUUUUCUCGGGCUGGCUACUGAAGCCUUAGUUUUAUUUCCGAAAAACUUGGAUAACAGUAAUAAUUCUGACAAGGAUAAUUGUACCUGUGUUCCGAUGGAUUUGUGUCAAGAUGAGGGUUAUCCUGCUUUAGAUGGGGCAGGCCAACUUGAUAUAAGAAUAUUUUCUACUGCUGUAUGUUCUAACUACUACCAUGUUUGUUGCAAGAACCCUAUGGACCCGGUAGAUGAACCAAAAUCUGAAAUAAGUAAAUGUGGUUACAAGUACACAGUACCUUUUAAUAAACGGAUAACAACAUAUUCUGAUGACAGUGAGUUUGCUGAAUUCCCAUGGACAGUUGUAGUACUUCGUAAUGGGGAUCAAGAGAAUGAUAGUCCGAUAUACAAAUGCGGUGGCUCUUUGAUACACCCACAGGUGGCCUUAACUGCAGCUCACUGUGUCAAUAACAUGGCAAAAAGAACACUUCUUGUCAGAGCGGGUGAAUGGGAUACAAAAGUCACAAACGAGCCAUUGCAUCAUCAGGACGUUCCUGUAGAAGAAGUGGUUAUCCAUGAGCAGUUUAAUGAAAAUUCAUUAAAAAACGAUAUAGCUCUACUAUUUUUGGAUGAGGAAUUUGUUAUGUUGGAAAAUGUAGGAAUUAUAUGUCUACCUCCAAUGAAAAAGAAUAUAGAAAACAUUAGAUGUCUGGCCACCGGUUGGGGCAAGGACGCGUACGACCACGGCAAGCACUCCUCCAUCCUGAAAAAAGUGUCCUUACCUUUGGUACGGAGGAACGACUGUCAGAAAGCUCUGCGACGAACCAGGUUAGGCCCUUUCUACACUCUACACGAGAGUUUCGUUUGCGCGGGCGGAGAAAUGAAGAAAGACACGUGCCAGGGCGAUGGGGGAAGUCCCUUGGUGUGUCCUAUCAGAGGAGAAAAAGAAGUAGGACGUUCUAGAUAUUACCAAAUGGGCAUUGUCUCUUGGGGUAUAGGCUGUGGCAAUAGCAGAACUCCUGGAGUAUACGUCAACGUUGCCACAUUUGCAGACUGGAUAGACGAUCACAUGCAGUCCAGAAACUUCGACACAGCCUUUUACAAAUUUUAAUAUAUAAUGUGCUUCUUUAACAUUUUGAAACAGUAAAAAAUUAGACGUUAGUAAAUAAUAAAAGGUUUCUUCUCUUGUAAAAUCGAUCUGAGGACAUACUGUAUAGAGCAAUUUAUUGUGAGACUGUAUACAGGGUGAUCCGAACUGUAUUCCGGAAACUUCGGCA